AUGACGUCAUCAUUGGAUAACCUCACCACAAAAGACGUGAAAAACUUGCUUCAUGAUAAAUAUAUUCUAAUUCUUGGCGAUUCAGUGGUUCGAGGUCUAUAUAAAGAUUUGAUUAAAUUCUUUAAUUCAAACGAUUUAAUCAGUGAAGAAGAACUUCGAAUAAAAGGUGAAAAUCGAUUUUCAGGUGAUCGAUUAAUUAGUGGCGGUAUUCAAAAGGGUCUUACGAAUGGGAUCGAUUACGAAGAAGUUCGAGAAUACAGUGCAGGUGGUCGGCUUCGUCUUCGGUUCUAUUUCCUAACGAAAUGUUACUCAUCAUAUGUGAAAGAUGUUAUAUUCAGCGAUAUUAAAAAUCAAGCAGUGAAACCAGAUAUAAUCAUUAUGAAUAGUUGUGUAUGGGACAUGUCACGAUAUGGAACAUGUGCGAUGAGAUCCUAUCAACGAAAUCUUGAGUAUAUUAUGAGCUCUGCUCGGCAAAUGCUACCCGACGCACUUUUCCUAUGGCUGUCAGCAUUGCCUGUAUCUAAUUCAUCAAGAGGAGGUGUCAUGGUACCAAGUGCUGAAUACAUCCGGCCAAUUCUACCCGGUCUGAUCCGUGACGGAAAUUAUCGUUCCUUGCAAACGUGUCAUCUUCACAGUGUCCUGUAUAUCGAUCUUCAUUCAGUUUUCUCCACUAUGUUGCAUCUCCGUCGACCCGAUGGUAUUCAUUGGUUACCGAUUGGUAUUCGUCUAAUGAACGAAAUCUUGUUGAAUCAUGUCACAGCUUACUAUCAUGGUGUACAAAACUUCAAAUGUCCUUCACUACGUCGAGAUCUAGGUAAUAAAAUCAAUGCAUUUAAACAACGUUUAAGAGAAUACAGUCAAUGUACAAACGCGGCGCAGCUCGAUCAAGAAAUUCCUCACGUUAAUUAUCACAUUUCCGGUAACAGCGAUCCGUCAAAAUCUAGACGCAAACGAAUGCGUGAUAAUGACGAAGAAAAAGAAAACCUUCAAUCGCAUCUGAAAGUAAUUGUCAACAGAGAUAUCGAUGAAAAUCGAUCACAAACAGUGAUUAUCAAAGAGCCAGCAAUUAAACAACAAAAAUUAGAUGUGAAUGAAUCGGUUCAAUUCGAUCAUAACUAUUGCGAUAUCAUGUAUGAUAAUGAAUUCGAAGGUCUCAAUCUCCUGCAUUAUUCACCAUGUGACAUCGAAGAAUCAGAAAAUUUACCUUUCAUAAGCAACAUUCAAGAAAUGAUUCAUCCAAAGGCUGUUGUUAAUAGUAAACCCAAUACCAGUACUAUCUCUUCACAAUCACUAUUGAUACCGUGUGAACAAGAAAAGUUCUGCGAACCAGAUUAUAUCAUUCUUUCGUCAGAUGAUGAAGAUGAACCGGAAAAAAAUUGGAAUCCUGCUUCAUGUUUCAUGACUAUUUUACCUAUUUAUUUAUUGAAUCGUCUGUAUUAA